CUGUUUCUGGGGCUGUGAGGCUGAAGCUGCUCUCAGUAAUCGGACUGCCACUAAUACCCGCUGCUGCUGCUGCUGCUGCUCACAGGAGGCCAUGGGGGAAGUUUGUUCACAGAGUCCCCGUCAGACCAGGUCUGCUCCUCCGGCCUGCCACUGAGUCUGCACUCGUCCAACAGGCCCGUGUCGAGUUCCCAGCCCAGCGGACAUGGCCAACAACUCUCUGAGCGGCUCCAAGCACGGCCAGGCCGCCAACCACGACAUGGAGUUCGGCUGCUCGCUGCAGGAGCUGCGCUCCCUCAUGGAGCUGAGGGGCGCCGAGGCCACGGCCCGGCUGUCCGAGUCCUACGGGGACGUCAGCGGACUGUGUGCCAGGCUCAGGACGUCACCCGUCGAAGGCCUGGAGGGGAAAUCGGAGGACAUCAGCCGGAGACAGGAAGUGUUUGGACGGAACGUCAUCCCUCCCAAGAAGCCAAAAACCUUCGUGCAGUUAGUGUGGGAAGCCCUGCAGGACGUGACGCUCAUCAUCCUGGAGGUGGCGGCCAUCAUCUCGCUAGGCCUGUCCUUCUACCACCCGCCGGACGCGCAGGGACAGAACUGCGGCAAGGCAGCGGGCGGCGUGGAGGACGAGGGCGAGGCGGAGGCCGGCUGGAUCGAGGGCGCCGCCAUCCUGCUGUCGGUGGUGUGUGUGGUGCUGGUGACGGCCUUCAACGACUGGAGCAAGGAGAAGCAGUUCCGGGGCCUGCAGAGCCGCAUCGAGCAGGAGCAGAAGUUCACGGUGGUGCGCGGCGGGCAGGUCAUCCAGGUCAACCUGUCCGAGAUGGUGGUGGGCGACAUCGCCCAGGUCAAAUACGGUGACCUCCUCCCCACCGACGGAGUUCUGAUUCAGGGCAACGACCUGAAGAUCGACGAGAGCUCCCUGACGGGAGAGUCGGACCUGGUCCGGAAGAACGCCCGCACCGACCCCAUGAUGCUGUCGGGGACUCACGUGAUGGAGGGCUCCGGGAAGAUGCUGGUCACCGCCGUCGGCGUCAACUCUCAGACCGGGAUCAUCUUCACGCUGCUCGGGGCGAGCGAGGGCGACGGCGAGGAGAAGAAGGAGGAAGAGGAGAAGAAGAAGAAGAAGAAGAAGGAGAAAAAGAGCAAGUCGGGCAAAAAAGACAGCAAGAAAGGGAAAGACAAGGAUGGAGCCACGGUGGAGAUGCAGCCGCUCAGCGAAGAUGCAGACGCAGACAAGAAGAAGAAAGCGCCGAAGAAGGAGAAGUCCGUCCUCCAGGGGAAGCUCACCAAGCUGGCCGUGCAAAUCGGAAAAGCAGGCCUCAUCAUGUCCACGCUCACCGUCAUCAUCCUCAUCACCCGCUUCCUGAUAGACACCUUCUGGAUUCAGGGGGUCGUCUGGACCGCGGAGUGCAUUCCCAUCUACGUGCAGUUCAUGGUCAAGUUUUUCAUCAUUGGCGUGACGGUGCUGGUGGUGGCUGUGCCCGAAGGCCUUCCGCUGGCAGUCACCAUUUCUCUGGCUUACUCUGUGAAGAAAAUGAUGAAGGACAACAACCUGGUCCGCCACCUGGACGCCUGCGAGACGAUGGGCAACGCCACGGCUAUCUGCUCCGACAAGACGGGCACGCUGACCACCAACCGCAUGACGGUGGUGCAGGUCUACGUCGCAGACCGCCACUACCUAAAGGUGCCAGACUCGCAGCUCAUCCCCCCCAAAAUCCUGGACCUGCUCGUUCGGGGCAUCGGGGUCAACUGCGCCUACACCAGCAAGAUUAUGCCUCCGACGAAGGAGGGUGGGCUGCCUGGACAAGUGGGGAACAAGACCGAAUGUGCCUUACUGGGACUCAUCCUCGACCUGCGCCAGGACUACCAGAAGAUCCGCACCGAAGUUCCAGAGGAGAAAUUCCAAAAGGUCUACCCCUUCAACUCUGUGAGGAAGUCCAUGAGCACCGUGCUGAGAAACUACGACGGCAGCCUGCAAAUGUUCACCAAGGGGGCCCCCGAGAUCAUCCUCAAGAAAUGCUGUAAGAUCAUGACGGCCAGCGGAGAGGCCAAAGUGUUGAGGUCUCGGGACAGGGACGACCUGGUGAAGAACGUGGUGGCGGGCAUGGCGUCGGAGGGCCUGCGCACCAUCUGCCUCGCCUACAGAGACUUCCCCGCCGCUGACGGAGAGCCCAACUGGGAGGACGAGCAGAACAUCAUCACGGGCCUCACCUGCAUCGCUUUGGUCGGCAUCGAGGACCCGGUCCGACCCGAGGUCCCGGACGCCAUCAGGAAGUGCCAGCGGGCCGGGAUCACCGUGCGCAUGGUGACUGGAGAUAACAUUGAAACCGCGCGCGCCAUCGCCACCAAAUGCGGGAUUCUACAUCCUGGAAGCGACUUCCUGUGUCUGGAUGGGAAGGAGUUCAACCGACGGAUCCGUAACGACCUGGGCGAGAUAGAACAGGAGCGCAUCGAUAAGAUUUGGCCCAAGCUCCGAGUCCUCGCCAGAUCUUCUCCGACAGACAAACACACUCUGGUCAAAGGGAUCAUCGACAGCACGGUGGUGGAGCAGAGGCAGGUCGUCGCGGUAACCGGAGACGGGACGAAUGACGGCCCCGCCCUGAAGAAGGCAGAUGUUGGCUUUGCUAUGGGCAUCGCCGGGACGGACGUGGCGAAGGAGGCGUCCGACAUCAUCCUGACCGACGACAACUUCAGCAGCAUCGUGAAGGCCGUCAUGUGGGGCAGGAACGUCUACGACAGCAUCUCCAAGUUCCUGCAGUUCCAGCUCACGGUCAACGUGGUGGCGGUCACCGUGGCCUUCACCGGAGCCUGCAUCACCCAGGACUCCCCUCUGAAGGCCGUGCAGAUGUUGUGGGUCAACCUCAUUAUGGACACCUUCGCCUCGCUGGCUCUGGCCACCGAGCCGCCCACCGAGGCGCUGCUGCUGAGGAGCCCGUACGGCCGCCAGAAGCCGCUCAUCUCGCGCACCAUGAUGAAGAACAUCCUGGGACACGCCAUCUACCAGCUGACCACCAUCUUCAUCCUGCUCUUUCUCGGAGACGUCAUCUUCGACAUCGACAGCGGCAGGAACGCCCCCCUCCAUGCCCCGCCCUCCGAGCACUACACCAUCAUCUUCAACACCUUCGUCCUCAUGCAGAUCUUCAACGAGUUCAACGCCCGCAAGAUCCACGGCGAGAGAAAUGUCUUUGAAGGCGUCUUCAGGAACCCCAUCUUCUGCUCCAUCAUCCUGGGAACUCUCGUCACGCAGUUCGUGAUCGUACAGUUUGGAGGGAAACCCUUCAGCUGCGUGGGCCUGACCAUCGAACAGUGGCUGUGGUGCAUCCUCUUCGGCUUCAGCAGCCUCCUGUGGGGACAGAUGGUGUCCUCCGUCCCCACCAAAUGGCUGAAGUUCCUGGCCACGGCAGGCCACGGCACACAGCAGGAGGAGAUCCCCGAGGAGGAGCUGGAGGAGAUGAAAGACUUGGACGAGAUCGACCACGCCGAGAUGGAGCUGAAGAAAGGCCAGGUGCUGUGGUGCCGCAGCCUUGGACGCAUCCAGACCCAGAUCCGUGUGGUGAAAGCCUUCAGAGACAGCGUGUCGCCCUACGAGGGUCUGGAGACCCCUGAGUCUCGCAGCUCCAUCCACAACUUCAUGAACCACCCCGAGUUCCGCAUCGAGGACUCUGAGCCUCAGAUCCCCAUGAUCGACGAGAACGAGAGCGGGGACGAGCCCCCCACCAAGCGGAACUCCGUCCCGCCGCCGCUGACCGAACUGCCCGCCCUGUCCUCGCUGUCCCACCUGCCGCACGUCCCCUCAUCCCCCAACAACAACACCUUGGACCGCGUCGUGCCGCUGCACAAGGACCCGUCCCGCCCCGGCCUGAUCCCCCCCAACUCGGCGGGGCUGCCGCCGUGUCCGGGGAGCCCCCUGCACAGCCUGGAGACCUCGCUCUGAAGCCUCGCUCACUUC